AGAGCAGGCUGCACUGACGGUGGAGGCAGCCACAGCCCCAGUCCAGCCUCUGCCACGAGGAAGCUGCUGGUGUGGGGAGGGGCAGGUGUCUCCAGUCCCCAGAGAAAGAGGAGCAGAAGGCCCUAGUGGGCUCCAGCCGCUGGCAUCGUCGCAGGGAGGACUCUGGCCUCUGCAGUACCACACCAUGUGGGCCGCAGGGUGCCACCAGUUCUGCUCCCACUGGGGGCAGGUGGCAGUGUUGCUGCUGCUGCUGCUUGGGACACCCCUGAAAGGCGGGGCACUGCCACCCAUCCGCUAUUCUCACGCUGGCAUCUGCCCCAACGACAUGAACCCCAACCUCUGGGUGGAUGCCCAGAGCACCUGCAAGCGGGAGUGUGAGACAGACCAGGAGUGCGAGACCUACGAGAAGUGCUGCCCCAACGUGUGCGGGGCCAAGAGCUGUGUGGCCGCCCGCUACGUGGACGUGAAGGGCAAGAAGGGCCCCGUGGGCAUGCCGAAGGAGGCCACGUGCGACCACUUCAUGUGUCUGCAGCAGGGCUCCGAGUGUGACAUCUGGGACGGCCAGCCCGUGUGUAAGUGCAAAGACCGCUGUGAGAAGGAGCCCAGCUUCACCUGUGCCUCCGACGGGCUCACCUACUACAACCGCUGCUACAUGGACGCCGAAGCCUGCUCCAAGGGCAUCACGCUGGCCGUGGUCACCUGCCGCUACCACUUCACCUGGCCCCACACCAGCCCCCCGCCCCCCGAGACCACCGAGCACCCCACCACCGUCUCCCCCGAGACCCCGGGGCUGGACAUGGCGGCCCCGGCCCUGCUCAACCACCCCGUGCACCAGUCGGUCACCAUGGGCGAGACCGUGAGCUUCCUGUGCGACGUGGUGGGCCGGCCCCGGCCCGAGAUCACGUGGGAGAAGCAGCUGGAGGACCGCGAGAACGUGGUCAUGCGGCCCAACCACGUGCGCGGCAACGUGGUGGUCACCAACAUCGCCCAGCUGGUCAUCUACAACGCCCAGUCGCAGGACGCGGGCAUCUACACGUGCACGGCCCGGAACGCCGCCGGUGUCCUGCGGGCCGACUUCCCGCUGUCGGUGGUCAGGGCGGGUCCGGCGGCGGCCACGGCCGAGAGCAGCGUGCAGGGCACGGCCUUCCCCGCGGCCGAGUGUCUGCAGCCCCCCGACGGCGAGGACUGCGGCGAGGAGCAGACCCGCUGGCACUUUGACGCCCAGGUCAACAACUGCCUCACCUUCACCUACGGCCGCUGCCACCGCAACCUCAACCACUUCGAGACCUACGAGGCCUGCAUGCUGGCGUGCAUGAGCGGGCCCCUGGCCGUGUGCAGCCUGCCCGCCCUGCAGGGUCCCUGCAAGGCCUACGUGCCCCGCUGGGCCUACAACGGCCAGACAGGCCAGUGCCAGUCGUUCGUCUACGGCGGCUGUGAGGGCAACAGCAACAACUUCGAGAGCAGAGAGGCCUGCGAGGAGUCCUGCCCCUUCCCCCGGGGGAACCAGCGCUGCAGGGCCUGCAAGCCCAGGCAGAAGCUCGUGACCAGCUUCUGCCGCAGCGACUUUGUCAUCCUGGGCCGGGUGUCAGAGCUGACCGAGGAGCCCGACGCCGGCCGGGCCCUGGUGACCGUGGACGAGGUCCUCAAGGACGAGAAGAUGGGACUCAAGUUCCUGGGCCGAGAGCCGCUGGAGGUCACGCUGCUGCACGUGGACUGGGCCUGCCCUUGCCCCAACGUGACGGUGGGCGAGACCCCGCUCAUCAUCAUGGGCGAGGUGGACGGCGGCAUGGCCAUGCUGCGGCCGGACAGCUUCGUGGGAGCGUCCAGCACCCGGCGAGUCCGGAAGCUUCGCGAGGUCAUGCACAAGAAGACCUGCGACGUCCUCAAGGAGAUGCUGGCGGUGCACUGAGGGCAGCGCCCCAUCCUGGCCCCCAACCUGGCCCUCAGCACACCCCGUCCCAACACCCCACAGUCAGCAAACUGGGCAAGGUCAGAUUAGACAGCGAAACGCCAGCUGGCAUCAGCAAAACAUCCCGAAGUCCAGGUCA